CAAUGCAAGAAUUUGGUCUAGUUCACCAGGCCAAGUUUCUACAUCUGGUAAGUUAUUUUUAUUUUUUGCAAAUCUAGCAACUAAAGGUGAAGCAUUCACACCUAACCUUGUCAAUAAACCAACCGUUAAAUAAAAGGUUAGAAAUAUAAAUAUGCAACAUGGAGGGGAAAGAAUAUUAGAAAUGAAGAUACCGAAUAGUUGAUCUAACCACCUGAGGUGCUGUGGACGGUGUGUGAUUAGUAUUUGACCUAAAUAAAAACGUAAAAAGGCUUUAAAAAGCGUAUGUUUAUAAAUGUGCCAUUUGUUGUGAAUGAUGAAUAACCAUUUCUAAAUGUAGGUUAGUCUUCUUGUCCCGCCGGAGGCAAGAUAAGAGGCGCGUGCUUCCAUAAAGUUUUUGUUGUUGUUGUGUGUUUACAUAAAGUUGCACUGACGCAGGCCAACCAGAUUUUGCUACGUCAUCUCCCGGCGACUGAACAGAUUACUGCUUCGCGCCAAGUAGUUCAAGGAGUUUCUUAAAUUUCUGUCAACAAACCUACAGAAGCUGUCCCGAAUGGACAUCAGGCGAUUCUUUGGACCAGUGUCAGGUAAGCCGGUGGUGCAGAAGCCAGCCCUGCCUGGAAACGCCAAAUCAAACGUGAAGAAGAAAAAUAAUUCAGCAUCUUCAGAUGAAAAUGAAAAAAAGAAAAAGAGCACAAAGAUCAAAAACUCCAAGAAAGAAGAGCACCACAAGGGUGGUGGGAAAAAACGAAAGAAGCAUGCAGUGAUCGAGUCGGACUCUGAGGAAGAGCUGGAGCCUGUGAUCAAGUCAAAAGCAACAACCAGUAAAACGGCACCACCUCCUAAAAAGGAUCCUGUUCAGUAUGUCUCUGAAACAGACUCCGACAGCGACAACUUCCUGUCCUUGAAGAAAGACUCCAAACCCAAACAGAACGGCACUGCCAAAAGCACAAAGUCCGAACCAGAACGUGCUUGUGCAGAAAGCAAAGAGCGAGUGAAGUCUCCCAGUCAAGGUAAACCUGGUCUGAAAAGUCUUCCUGGGCCUACAACUCCCAAGUCCGCCCCACCUCCACCCAAACAGACCCCCACUUCCGUACUCGACUUCUUUGGCAGCGGGACGAUUCACCGCUCCGACAAGAAGCUGGUAGCAAGCACCAAACGCAAGACACCGACCCACGACUUGGAUGACCUGAUCAGUGAUGAAGAAAUGGCGCGGCAGCUGCAGAUGGAUGAAGUGAGGGAGUUGGAAAAACAGAUCCAUGAGGACGAGGGGUUUGCUAGAACUCUGGCCAUGCUGGAUGCAGAGCCGCAGGCUAAGAAAGCUCGCAAAAGCUCAGAGGAACAACCAGGUCUGAGCACAACGCCCCAAAAGAACCGCACAGGUUCUGUCAGCACAUCAAGCAGCCCGCUGAAGACCAGUCAGAGCAGCGAUGUGAUCAGUCCAUCGCCCAGAAACACCCCAGUCACGGUCUGCUCCAAAGUGGCCAUGAUGAAGAAGAGAGACGAGGAGAAGAAGGAAGGACCGACGAGGAAAACAUCCAUGAGAAAUAAAAGUUCUCCCAUAAAGGAGCCAAAGACAUCUCCAACUUCAGACAAGAUCACACCAAAACCAGAAGUGACGCCAACAGAACUGAAAAAAUCUCCCAAGAAACUUGAGAACACAAGUCCUGACGAUGCAGAGAAGAAGAAGCUGCACUCUUCAGCUUACAGGAACUAUCUCAACAGAGAAGGGCCACGAGCGCUGGGGUCCAAGGACAUCCCAAAGGGUGCAGAGAACUGUCUGGAGGGCUGUGUGUUUGUGCUGACGGGGGUCCUGGAGUCGAUGGAGAGAGACGACGCCAAAUCUCUGAUCGAACGCUAUGGAGGCAAAGUGACGGGCAACAUCAGCAAGAAGACCAGCUACCUGGUGCAGGGCAGAGACGGCGGCGUGUCAAAGCAGGAGAAGGCGGAGAGUCUAGGCACCAAAAUCCUGGAUGAAGAUGGUUUGUUGGAGCUGAUCAGAACCAAACCAGGGAAGAAGUCAAAGUACGAGAUUACUGCUGAGGCUGAGAGCAACGCCUCAAAGACCAGGUCUCCACCCAGCCAUGCUGAAAAGAGCACCCCCAAGGCUCAGAAGAUCUCCCCCUCUAAAGGUAACUCCAGGUCCCCCCACACCCCAAGUCCAUCUAAGACUGGACAGGCCAAAGGUCACGUGACCAGGACCAGCGGUUACGGCACUCCAACAGGGAGAGGAUCAGGUCGCAUCACCCAGAAGGAGCUGGACCUUCCUUCCUCCUCAGCGUCAGAGCCCUCACCUCCAUCAAUGAAGGGGGAGAGUCUUCUGUGGGUGGACAAGUAUCGUCCAUGCUCUUUGAAGGCUGUGAUUGGCCAGCAGGGGGACCAGAGUUGUGCCAACAAGCUGCUCCGCUGGCUACAGAGCUGGUACCAGCAUCAUAGCGGCGCCGGAGGCAGCAAGCCAGCAGCAGCCAAGUUCAGUCGAUUUGGAGGGAAGGACGAUGGAUCAGGACACAAAGCUGCUCUGCUGUCUGGACCACCAGGGGUGGGGAAGACCACCACCGCUGUCCUGGUCUGUGAGGAGUUGGGCUACAGCUUUGUAGAGAUGAACGCCAGCUGCACACGCAGCAAAAACAGCCUGAAGGAAGUCGUAGCCGAGUCGCUGAACAACACCAGCAUCGAGGGCUUCUACAAAGGAACGUCUCAGACCGUGAGCAGCAAACACGUCCUGAUCAUGGAUGAGGUGGAUGGGAUGGCUGGUAAUGAGGACCGAGGGGGGGUCCAGGAGCUGAUUGCUUUGAUAAAAAACACCAAGAUUCCCAUCAUCUGCAUGUGCAACGACCGCAACCACCCAAAGAUCAGAUCGCUGGCCAACUACUGCUUCGACCUUCGCUUCCAGAGGCCACGGCUGGAACAGAUCAAGGGAGCCAUGAUGUCCAUCGCUUACAAGGAAGGACUUAAGAUCCCACCUCCAGCUCUUAAUGAGAUCAUCCUAGCCUCCAACCAGGAUGUCCGACAGGUGAUUCACAACCUGAGCAUGUGGUCGGCCAAGGACAAGGUGAUGACGUACGACAGGUGCAAGUCCGACGCAGCAAAUGCCCGCAAGGACAUGAAGCUGGGCCCUUUUGACGUGUGCAGGAAGGUGUUUAUUUCAGGGGAGGAGACGGCCCGCAUGAGCCUCAUCGACAAGUCUGACCUGUUCUUCCACGACUACUCGUUGGCGCCUCUUUUCGUCCAGGAGAACUACGUGCACGUUCGUCCCGCCGCAGCUCGCGGGGACAUGAAGUCCCACCUGGUGCUGCUCAGUAAGACUGCUGACUCCAUCUGCGACGGCGACCUGGUGGACAGGCGGAUCCGAUCAGGGCAGAACUGGUCCCUGCUACCUACUCAAGCCAUCUACGCCAGCGUAAUUCCAGGAGAGCUCAUGAGAGGCUACAUGUCUCAGUUCCCAGUCUUCCCUAGCUGGCUCGGGAAAAACUCCUCCACCAGUAAACAUUCCCGCAUCAUUCAGGAGCUGUCCUCUCACAUGAGUUUAAAGACGAUGGGCAGCAGACAGGCGGUGAACCUGGACUACCUCUACUACCUCCGACAGAUUCUGCUGCAUCCUCUGCAGAAGUACGGGGCGGAGGGCGCCGGGCAGGCUGUGCAGCUUCUGGAUGACUACCAGCUCAUCAAGGAGGAUGUGGACAGCAUCAUGGAGAUUAGUUCCUGGGGUGGUCAGCCUGAUCCAUAUUCUAAACUGGACUCCAAGGUGAAGGCAGCGUUCACACGGGCGUACAACAGAGAGGCUCACAUGACGCCGUACGCUCUGCAAGCUGUGAAAAAAGGCCGGCGUGGUGGUUUGGGGGACUUGGAUGUUGGAGGGGAGGAUGCAGACCAGGAUGGACCAGGAUCUGAGGAUGACGGAGAGGGGGUCCAGACCGAUGCUAUGAUCAAACAGAAGAAGAGCAAAACCGCUAAAGAGUCUAAAAAGGAGAAGAAGGAAGACUCUGGCAAGGGCAAGGGCAAAGGAAAAGGAAAAGGCAAGGCUAAAAACUGACGAGGAAGCUGAGAAGUGUCCUGCACCUAUAAACAUCAGAAACUCAGCAGGGAACCUUCUGACCUUCGUCACUCCGCUCAGAUUCUCCUUUCCUGCUUUUUAACUCCAUGCUGCUCUUUUCACCGUCAUCAUGUCUGCACACCUGGCAUUACUUUAGUGCUGGGAUUGUCAAUGUAAAUAAAGUUACCAUGACAACAGAGACAGUUAUUUCUACCCCCAGAACUUUGCUUCUGUUCCAGCAGGUGCAGCUGAUAGUUUUCAUGUACAUUUUGUAACGAGCUGCUCUGGUGUUUUAUUUUGUAGGAGGCAAAUGGAAAAACGACGUACAUCCUGUGUCCGAAACUCUAAAUCACAUUUUGCAUAAAGGUGUUAUUCAGCAUCACUGAAGUAAAUGUGGUGUUGCUCCACAUGUUUGUUUUUUUUAACAUAAAGGCUUUAAAGACAA